UCACUUGUGCGGACACAUUUAUACUGGCGGAAGUGACGGACCUGAAGCCGCUGGUGCGUUCACUUGCUCUUGGGGAGCUGGUUAUCAUUCAGACUUGCGUUCCUGAUAUCUGUCGUGCUAGCGUCCUUGAACGCACCAGCUCCAUUCACUUGAGAAGGGGGUGAGAAUGGCGAACCUGUGGAGAACAUACCAGGCCCUGAUGACCAAAUACCCCUGGACGGUGCAGAUCGUAACAGCAGGUUCCCUAGUCGGUGUCGGUGACGUCAUCUCCCAGCAGCUGAUCGAGCGGCGAGGACUCGCGCAGCACAACGCUCCGAGGACGCUCAAGAUGAUGAGCAUCGGCUUCUUCUUCGUGGGUCCGGUGAUCGGGAGCUGGUACCGGGUCCUGGACCGACUGGUGGUGGGAGGAAGCAAGAGCGCUGCCGUGAAGAAGAUGCUGGUGGACCAGCUGGGUUUCGCCCCGUGCUUCCUGGCCGCGUUCCUCUGCGCCUCCGGAGCGCUCAACGGCCUGACGCCGGAGCAGAACGUGGCCAAGCUCAAGCGGGACUACGCCGACGCUCUGGUCUCCAACUACUGCCUCUGGCCGCCCGUGCAGAUCGCCAACUUCUACUUCGUUCCUCUGCAGCACCGACUGGCUGUGGUCCAGAUCGUCGCCGUCAUCUGGAACUCCUACCUGACCUGGAAGGCCAACAAGUUCUGAUGAUGGUGACGAUGAUGACGAGGAUGAUGAGGGUGGUGAUGAUGGUGAUGAAGAAGAAGAUGACGACGACAACGAUGAUGAUGUUCCCGGGACUCUGAUAUUUUGGAGGUGUAAAAGUGACUCAGUCGUAAAGGUCGAGAGGAAAGUGCUCGUCCAGUCCCAGUGACACAUUCACACUCGAAAUGUCUCCCAAAUCUCUCCACCUUUAUUUAUGGAGAUGAAACACACACACAGUCGUUUGUAGACACUUGGAAUAGGACCACUGGUUUGGUUCCAUGAAGAACGUUUCAUAUUAAAAUGUUGA